AUGGUAGCUGAUCAGCGGAAAAAGCGAGCAAAUGCUGCCAGUUUAGUGGGAUGUACUUCUCGUGAGCAAUGUAAGGUGAACAGGAAGAAACUUAAAGUUCAGAAGCAUGGCAUUAACAUGAUGCCAAACAUUUCCCUUGAGUGGGAUAACAAGAAAAAAACUGUAGUAUCAAAGAGGGGGCAGAUUGGUAUUGCACGGAGGCACUUGAUUUCAUUUCUUGAGCCUGGUUCUGCUGGCCACAGCAUUCUGGCUGAUGUCUGCUCUGUUCCUCAGGAGAUAUUUGAAUUAGAAAAUCUACGAGAGGUUCUCACAUAUGAGGUCUGGCAGAGUAAUUUGACCGACACUGAAAGAUACUUUCUUUCACAGUUCCUUCCGAAAGUACCUGAACCAGAUAUAACCAUUCAAGACUUGCUUGCUGGGGAAGACUUCCAAUUUGGAAAUCCUUUUGUAAAAUGGGGAUCUUCUCUUUGCUAUGGGGAGCUUCACCCUGAUAAUAUCCUUCACAAGGAGCCAUCUCUCAAAGCUGUCAAGAAGGCAUAUUACUUGGAUUUACAGAAGUAUCACUCAUGUAUGAUUGUGAAUUUGGAGAAGUGGAAGGAAAAGUGGGCUAGUUGCAAAGACCCUGAAGAGGAAAUUGUGCAGAAUUUAUGGAGUUCUAAGCGGCCUGAGGAAAGAAAUGUGCUUUUGCUGGAGAGUAGAGUCAACGGUAAUGAAGAGAACCUUGUUACCACACCCGAGUCUUACUCUUGGAAUAAUUCUGAGGUAGCAUAUAGUAGCGACAACCAGAACUUAGGAACAGUACGUGGAGAGUCCAAGAGGGGAAAUGGCUUCUUGAGAAAAAUAUCUGAUAAUUCCUUAAGUGAGCUAAAGGUGGUGACUUCUGUAUCUAGAAAAGGGGAACAGGUACACAAGCAGAAUAUCCAGCAAAGUGAUGGAACAAAAUAUAUGUCAUACAUUAAGGUCAGCAGAGAACAACACGAACGCGUAAAAAGCAGCAUGAAUAAUGCUUCUAAUUGCAUUCAUCCAAGGUCUUUAAAUAAUGUUCUAGGUACUGAUGCUCUAAAUGUUCAACCUUAUGAAAGAUUUGUGGAGGAGGAGAAGAAAAAGCUGCAUCAGCAUUGGUUGAAAUUGGCUACUUCAGAUAUUCCUGAAGGUUUUGCUUACUGGGUAAAGAGAGAAUUACAGAAACAAGCGCUGGCACGGUCCUUGGGUGAAGAAAUAGGACAUAAGAUGGAGCUUCAGACUACUCCGGAUGAGGAGAAAAAGGGUUCUCCGAAUGAGCAAAUGGACCUCUCAGAUGAUAGUGAAGAUGAGUUCCUGCCUCCAGUCACAGCUGAGGAUGUGGAUGAAGAGCAAUCAGGCGACUUGGUUCAGGAGCAGGAGGACAUAUAUGAGCAUACACAUGAUGUUUCAAAAAUGACUGGAGAUGAAGACAUGCCCAACCAAGUUUUCAUUGAGGAUAAUAAUCAACAACAGUUGAUUGAUAAUAGCCCUAGGAGAACUAUGAUAUCAUCUCCCAGCCCUGGUUUUUAUCAGCAGCAAAAUGGUUCUCUUAAUACUGGUAAUCAUCCACAAGACGACUCGCUUGAAAUUGGAUUGCACGGUGAUAAAGCGAGCUCAAAGACAGAUGAAGAUGCUUCAAUUGCAUCAGAGUACCCUGUGGAGGAUCCACUCCCAUCAUAUGGUGAUAUUUGGCCCGUGGGUGAUGUUCAUGGUUCUUAUUAUCAUGAAUCCAUGAAUGCUAGAUAUGUGCCUGCUGCUCAAGAGCUGUCAAUUGGGAAUCAUCCGCAGCAAUUUAUUACUGAGCAAGAAGUGAAACUGCUUGAUGACAUGGAGAUUGACAGUCGGGAUAAAAAUGGUGGUGGUGGUGGGAAGGAUAUGCCUUUGUUUGAUUCUUAUGCGAACCUGAACAGAAACGAAAUAUAUCAUUCUCUUCGUGAUUCAGUGUACCAUGGGCAGCAAAAGCAAUCGGAGGGUUUAGGGUUCCAGCCUGGGAACAACGAUGUAAUGGUCGAGGCAUUUCCUGGGCAGUUUAGGGAUCAGAUCAUCUGGGAUUUCAAUGGAGGCACAACCAUCGUUAUAACCUCCAAUAGUACCAUCUCCGAUGCUAGCAAUCUAAUCAGCAAAAUUAGAAAGCUCCUCACGUUCAUCCGAAUCAUCAAGGCUCUGAAGACGCAUGUUCUUCGCCUCGAAAAAGUUUUCAGGAAACGGCUGAUCGGGCAGGACGAGGCAGUGUCUUCCGUGUGCCGGGCCCUGCGAAGAUCGCGGGUUGGGCUUAGGGACAUGGACCAGCCCAUUGCCAGCUUUAUGUUCGUGGGCCCCACGGGCGUUGGCAAAACCGAACUUGCCAAGAUGCUGGCUGAGGAGUACUUUGGAUCCAAAGAGGCCAUGGUGAGGCUGGACAUGUCUGAGUAUGCCGAGAGCCAUGUGGCGGCCAGGCUCGUGGGGUCCCCGCCGGGCUACGUGGGCCACGACGAAGGGGGACAGCUCACGGAGGCCGUCCGCAGGAGGCCCCACACUGUGGUUCUGUUUGACGAGAUAGAGAAGGCCAACUCGCGGGCCCAUGACAUGCUGCUUCAGAUUCUGGACGACGGGAGGUUGACGGACGGCAAGGGGCGAACGGCUGAUUUUAGGCAUGCGGUCGUAAUAUUCACGUCCAACAUAGGUGGGCGAGUAACGGGUGAUCAUGAUGAGGUGAGGGAGGAAGUUGUGGCUCAACUGAAGAAGGUUUUCAAGCCAGAACUGCUGAAUAGGCUGGACGAUAUAAUCGUGUUUAAGAGGCUGAAGAAAAAGGAUAUGAGGGAGAUUUUGGAGAUUAUGCUGCUCGAUUUUUACAGGAGGGUGGAGAAAAAGAGGAUAAAUGUAGAGGUAAGCAAUGGAUUGAAGGAGAAGCUGUUGUCCCAAGGAUUUAAUUCGAGCUAUGGAGCAAGGCCACUGCGGAGGGCCAUAGCAAGGCUGUUGGAGGAUAACUUGGCAGAUAGAUUUCUGAAUGGGAGUGUGAGUGAAGGUCAGAGGGUGAUAAUGGAUGUUGAUUCUAGUGGGGAUGUUAUGGUUUUAAAUUAG